AUGAAAAAUUUAAACACAUGGAUGGUACUCAAUAUCUAUGAUAAAGUCCAAUAUCAAUUGUUAAAAGAACAUUUCUUUAAUUUAAAUAUACAACAUACAGUUUCAAACAAAAUUCAGACCCGCAAAGUAACUCAAAAAAAAUUAAUAACAAUACCAUCCAAAAAUAAAUAUGGUGAGCGCACCAGCGUAUACAUGAUACGCUUAAUAAAUGAUCUGGAUUAUAAAUUUAGAAGUGAACUUAAUGAAUUUAACAUAAAACAUUUAAGUAGACCUAUAUAUUUAAAUCUCUUUGAUCUUGCUGUACAGAUUGUUUUUGUCUUGUGCUUCAUCGCGUUGGCUGCGGCCAACCCCCAAUUACUUACAUGGCCAGGAAUUGUGGCACCCGUUGCUCCCAGGACUGUCGUCGCUGGCCCAACUGUUGUGAAUGGUCUUCAUGGUAACCGCUUCGUAUAUCCUGGGUCCAUCACCACUGGAUUUAUAUAG